CCCAGGGAUUCUCUCUCUGUCUCUGCUUGUGUGGCAGGAGCAGGAGAAUGUCUGCCUGAAAGCUGUGUCAUUUUCUACAUCCUCGCAGUUAUUUGGAAGAGAGAAAAAAAAAUCUACAUUGUCUGCAGGCACAUUGUUUUUUUUUUUUUCAUUUUGUCUGUCGGCUGUGCCUUUUUCCGCUUUCCUGAUUGUCUUUUUGUCAAACUGGGAAAAGCUCUGAGGAAUUCCUUGGCACAAUGCUGGGCAUGGAUGUGUGUGAGUUUGGGGGGCAGUUUCUGGAGCUGCUGUGGCUGACCGUUUGCUACAGAGGCAUCAUGGCUGACAAAGAGACCGACACGCCCAUUGGGGACGAGGCGGACGAGGCUGACCUGAACUACCAGCCCCCGGCCCAGAAGUCCCUGCAGGAGAUCCAGGAGCUGGACAAGGAUGACGAGAGUCUCACCAAGUACAAGCAGGCUCUCCUGGGCUCAGGCCCGGUGGUUGCAGACCCCACCAUCCCUAACCUCCAGGUGACGAGACUGACACUGAUGUGUGACCAGGCCCCUGGACCCAUCACCAUGGAUCUCACAGGUGACCUGGAGGCUUUGAAGAAGGCAAAUUUUACCAUGAAAGAAGGUGUUGACUACAGGGUGAAGAUUCACUUCAAGGUCAACAGAGAAAUCGUGUCUGGACUGAAGUAUGUGCAUCUGACCUACAGGAAAGGACUGCGAGUGGACAAGGCUGUGUACAUGGUGGGCAGCUAUGGGCCUCGGGCCGAGGAGCACGAGUUUCUGACCCCGGUGGAGGAGGCUCCAAAGGGAAUGCUGGUGAGGGGAGGCUACCACAUCAAGUCCCACUUCACAGAUGACGACAAGACAGACCACCUCUCGUGGGAGUGGAACCUGCAGAUCAAGAAGGACUGGGACAACUAGAGUGCUGCGACGUGCCGUACCAUACCGCACCACGCCUCUGCUCCAACACCCACCUGCACAAUGACAGCAUAUAUUGGGAGGUGUACGUUUAGGGCAUUUAGGUUAGGUUAGGCUUGGCGGGGGAAGGGGGGGGGGCUUCAAAAACAGCUUGUUUAUUUACUGUAACCAAUGAAACUGAUGUAUGCGUAUACUUACUUGUAUAACAAGGAGAUGUCUGGGAGCACACAGGGACAACAAAGCAAAAGCAAAAGUAGUAGAAGAACUGGGGUAAGAACUCCAUAAUGUACUAUAAAUGUAUUUUUCAGAUGGAUUCCUCAUGCCUGUUUUCUCAGGUACAUUUUUGUUGUCUAUCAGACAUGCCUGUGUAAAUAUUAUACCAUGACAACGUCUGUGCUAUUCAUCCACGUAUUCUGUGUUGUAUCACGUGCCAGUUCCACGCGCAUGCUUGAGUGUGCCACACUUGUGCAGUGACCGUGCUCCUGUGUUUGACUUGUGAGCAGAAUUGUGAAAUCCUGAUCUGGAGAGAUUUGUUUUUUAAAAGUGUUGUGGUAGCAUUUACCCAUGUUUGCAUCAGAGGACCACUAUUUUAUGGGCUGGUGUAUAGUGAAUAAUAUCGUACAUUUAUAAUAUUUGUGUUCCCAGGGUGUAAGUAAAUGUCAUGAACAGCAAUAAUGUAAGGGCCCUGUUCAUUGAUGUGCUCAGUAGUGUGCCCACAUGCAUAUUGGUUUACAGAUGCUUUCCAGAAGACCCUAUUUGGACAACCAUAGUUGAUUGAUGCAAUCAUAUUGAAUGAUUUCUUUCUCUGAUUAUGUCUGUGAGUUUCUGUUUCUUCAGCUUUCUUCCACCUCACCUUACCUAAUAUGUCUGCUUUGAGAGUUGUUCAAUGGCCUCAUCAGUGGUGACUGAAUUACUAAAUCCAUUUAUCUUUUUAAACAUCAAAAUGCAGUCAAAUGAUCUAUCAUCCGUUUAGUAAUGUUUCAUCUUUGUAACAACUCAGUUGCUCCGUGACAUUUCUUAUUAGUACUUGUAGGAUAGACCAGCCCUUUGUAGAUCAUAUCAGCUUCAAGUUCAGCUUACAUAAUGCCAUGGCAUUGCAGACCCAUAACCAUAAAUAAAAACAUUGCCUCCAAUGUAGAAUGUGCAUGCAUUGUGACAUAUGAAUCUUCUGUGAGAAGGAACUUUGACUUUUUAUCAGUAGCUAGCUUUAUGAAUAUGAAUGUAGCCAUGAAGAAGUGCUUACUGAAAGCUAUCAGACAUUUUGCAACGUACCCUCAUACACUUUGGCUCUUUGGUUAAAUAAAAAAGAACUGUGGAUAAAUGGAAGCAAUCAGUUUGUCCCUUGUACAUUUCAAAUUAUUCAGCAAAUUCAUAUCAGGUGUUUAUUUUUUGGAAAAUGUAGGUGUUAAUAUAACGAUGGUAUUCAAAAUGGUUGUAAGCCUGUAUUGGUAGUAAGCCUAUCGAGCUGUGAUGCAUGAUCCUUUACUGUUUUUUACUAGUAUAUUUUAUCUUUCAUUGUGAUACUCCAUGGGCACAAUUCAUAAAAAAAAAACAGAACUGGUAUAUUCUUGUGAGUCAUUCCAGAUUACAGCAAUCCGCUUACUGCAACCUUGCAAAGCAUUGUGAAACCUUUUCAUGCAUCUUGUAUUUUCUAAUAAACUUAUGCGCAAUUUCUUUUCA